CGCCCCUCAACUAAAGUCAGCGCACACACUCUCCUCUGCCAGACUCACCGAGAGACGGUGGUGUGUGAGGAGGACCCGUGCGUAUUUACGCUCAGAGAGUGUGUGUGCAUGUGUCCGGGGAGAGUUGGAGAGCCCGCGGCGCGCUGACAGGAGAGCCCCGAGCGGGACCCGGCAGCGGGUGAUAAGCCUUCAGAGAGGAGGAAGAGAGCUCGUUCAUUUGGCUUUUAUUUGCCUGCCUCUCCACGCGCUCUGCCGGCUGGCUGAGAAAGGAAAGCAAACAAGCUGAUUAAGAAGAAGGGUCCGAUUCAGCCCGAGCAGCUUCAGAGUUUUGAUCGUAUUUUUAGCAUCCCUCCUUUGCCCCUCUCCCCGUCCCUUCUGAGCGCGGAGUGGCAGAGGGAGGGACGGCAGAAGCGGGCGGACGGACCGCGAAGCCGCGCGCCUCCCCGGUGGAUGAUCCACUGGAUGCGGGGCGAUGGAUUAACAGCCUUCCCCGGAGCCUGCCGCUGCUUCUUUUUCACCGCCGAGCCCCUGUCCACCUCGGGAUUAUUUCAGCUCUCACCGGCCUCCCCUCCCUCCCUCUCGAGAUGACCGAGGAAUAUGUCUUGCGGUGCGUCCUGAUGCUCUGCUGCGCGCUCCUCUCGGCCAACGCGAGUAACUGGCUGUACCUGGCCAAGCUGUCGUCCGUGGGAAGCAUCAGGGAUGAGGAGACGUGCGAGAGGUUACGAGGCCUCAUCCAGAGACAGGUUCAGAUCUGUAAGCGCAGCGUGGAGGUAAUGGAUGCGGUGCGUCGAGGAGCCCAGCUGGCUAUAGAUGAGUGUCAGUUCCAGUUUCGCAACCGUCGAUGGAACUGCUCCACUCUGGAGACCAUGCCUGUGUUUGGCAAAGUGGUCACCCAGGGCACCCGUGAGGCAGCCUUUGUGUAUGCCAUCUCAGCAGCCAGUGUGGCGUUUGCGGUCACAAGGGCCUGCAGCAGCGGAGAGCUGGAAAAAUGUGGCUGUGACCACAAUGUACAUGGAGUCAGUCCAGAGGGGUUCCAGUGGUCGGGCUGCAGUGAUAACAUUGCGUAUGGAGUGGCCUUUUCUCAGUCCUUUGUGGAUGUGAGGGAGAGGAGUAAAGGCCAGUCGUCCAGUCGGGCUCUAAUGAACCUGCACAACAAUGAGGCAGGAAGGAAGGCCAUCCUGUCCCACAUGCGUGUGGAGUGCAAAUGUCAUGGUGUGUCAGGCUCCUGUGAGGUAAAGACCUGCUGGAAAGCCAUGCCACCCUUCCGCAAGGUGGGAAACGUCAUCAAGGAGAAGUUUGACGGCGCCACUGAAGUGGAGCAGCGCAAGGUGGGCACCACCAAAGUCCUGGCGCCUCGAAACUCCCAGUUCAAACCUCACACAGAUGAAGAUCUGGUCUACCUGGAACCCAGUCCAGAUUUCUGCGACUAUGACCCACGCACGCCGGGUAUGCUGGGCACAGUGGGCCGCCAGUGCAACAGAACCUCAAAGGCCAUCGACGGCUGCGAGCUGAUGUGUUGUGGCCGUGGCUUCCAGACACAGGAGGUGGAGGUAGUGGACAGGUGCAGCUGUAAGUUCCACUGGUGCUGUUAUGUCAAAUGCAAACAGUGCCGCAAAAUGGUGGAGAUGCACACUUGCCGGUGAUGGGAGUGGGGGGGCACAGAGGGCACUGCUGAUGAACAAAACAAACGCCCCACACUCAUACUCCAAGGCCAGAGGGAGCAAGGAGGACUUGUGAAGCUCCCUCUCCUCCUGCUUGAAACCACCCACCUCCUACUACUGGUCAACAGAAACAGACUGAGUGGCUGAGAGGUCAAAUGUCAUCCUAUUCAUUCAUCCAACGUAAUGGAUAUCAAUAGAUUAUGCAUGGGAUUUCCUACAGAGCUACAGAGGCAGUUUGUUUCUUCUAGUAGAGAGCAUCUUUCACUUUCUGUCUCCCUCCCUCACUCUCAUAUUUGCUUUGUCAUUGAUGCCUCUUAUUUUUGUAAUGUUUAACUUAUUUGUUGAGAUUGACGAGGGGUGGACCUAGAAGGAGGGGACAGAUGAAAGGAGAUAAUAAGGGACAAACUGGACCCAUGGGUGGGCAGAUGGGUGGGUAGGGUUAAGGGGUUGGGGUGGGGUCAAGAGGAGGGUUGUUUGCCCUCUGUCCUUGCUGCUGCUGCUUCGGGGACUCACUUUGAGUGCUGGAUGUCAAAAAGGGAGACGCCGAGUCUGUCAGAGGACCGACAUGAACAACAAAGAGGAAGGCGUCGCAGUCGGACUUUCUGUGAUUUGCUUCCUGAGUGUACAUGGCUGUGCUGUGCUGAGGUUCAGUUGCUGUCAUUUAUUUUGCCCCCUGCAAUGCCCUGAUGCUGCUCCACUCACUCACACACACUCACUCUCUUUCUGUCAGAGGGGGGAUGAUGAUGGACAGGUGAAAGCCACUGUCAGCUGCUUCCUGUCUUUUCUGUAGGCCCGUAGCACUGGCAGGUGAUGGGUAUGAGACACACAAAACACACACAUCCCUACAGCAAACAUUGCUCCAAAACCACACGUCUAUCCACAGCUGCUACCUGCAAUGGGAAUCCAGAAACCUUAUAUCAAAACAGAUUCCAGAUCAGAUUUAAAAUGAUUUGUGACCAUUUCAGAGCAUCAUAUUGUGAAAAUCUUGUGUGCUGAUUUGGAUUGAUGUUGAGCUUGGACUCCUCCUGCACGUUGCCAUGUGCCAAAUGCUAGUUGGCUUAAUGCAAAUAUGAGUAAACACACAAAGACAUGCAUGCACCAGCAAACACACACAAUGUAAACACACACGUACACAAAAGGGGUCUGCCAGAGGGUUGCCAAGCAUGUUCACCACGCAUGAUGACUGAAGCACUUUCUCUCCAAGCGCACAUAGAGCCCUCGCCCCGCAGCAACAAACAUCUGACCACAUAUUCAAUUUUCCCCAUUCCUCUCUCUCUCUCUCUCUCUCUCUCACACACACACACACACACACACACACACACACACACACAGUUUCCCAUGCCACUGUCAGGACUCUUGUUGUCUUGUACCACCACCACCAUAAAGCCAAGCUUUCCUAUAAUAACGUGCUAUCAUUAUAGAGACAUACUGUAGAUCUGUAAAGACUUAUACACUGAAGAAGACUAUACUGCCUAUGAAUGUAUGUUAAUACGGAAUAUAUGCUGUGUCAAAAAUGA